CUUUUACGAAGGGAGGUCAGUGUCUCUACACUAGUUACGAUGUCCGCGGUCGAGGAUUUGUCCCGUGGAAAAGGGCAAUCCGGUGAAGACGGAGGAACCCGUAAGAAAGGUGACAAGCUUCCAAAUGACAAAGAAUCACUUCGGAAAAAGAAGUAUGAAGAAUACCUUCAAGAAGUGAAGAUGGUGGCGUGGGAGGUGGUUGGGGUGAUCGCUGGAUUCAUCGUUCUCAACGUGAAGGCCCAUCGCCAUUCUAACUCAUUGACAUCAUCGGCCUCAUCAUACCCACUGAAGCAGAAGUCACUGGCUGGCAAACUAAUCCUGGUCACAGGAGCUGGACAAAAUCUAGGCCGAGAACUGUCACUCCAGUUAUCGAACUUGGGGGCUAUCUUAGUUUUAUGGGAUAUCAGCGAGAAGCAGAAUGAACAAACUGCAGAAAUGAUUCGUGCAAGUGGGGGAGAGGCCUACCCAUAUACUUGUGACAUUUCAAAUCAAGAAGAAGUUGCAAAAACAGCUAGCAAGGUACGAAGAGAUGUUGGAAAUCCAGAGUACUUGUUCAACAACGCUGGCACUUACGAGCACAAGCCAUUCCUGUCCCACACUCCUGGCGAAAUCCGGAGACUUGUCAAUGUUAACCUUCUUGGAAACUUAUGGGUUACGAGUGAGUUUUUAGGUUACAUGACAAAAAAUAACAAAGGCCACAUUGUCUGUAUUUCAUCGGUACUAGGUUACAUAGGAAGGAAUAAUGUUGUCCCCUUACCUACUGCGGCAGCCCAAGUUUGGGGCAUGACAGAAGCACUGGCUGAAGAACUCAGGGCAGAGCGAAGAUCCCAAGUCACUGUUACUGCUGUGCAUCCUUUCCUGAUCUCUAAUGUUGAUGAUGUAAAACCAAACCUGAAAUUUCCAUGGCUGUUUGAGAUCUUAGAACCAGCCGAUGCUGCCAAAAGAAUCAUCACAGGAGUAAGGAGGAAUCAAGAGGAAAUCUUCUUACCAGAGAAACUGAAGCCCAUCAUGAUCUUUUCCAAGGUUUUGCCAAGGAAGCUUCGGAGAUUGUUUGCAGAUUACAUGGAAUCAUAAGGACUUCCAGUACAUCAGUCAAUUCCCAGUCCUUGAUGAGACAAAAUUCAUCCUUCAGUAAAGUGUAAAUGAUAAAAUUAGCCACUGACUUGUGAAUAAAAAAGGGAGGAAACUGUGUUUCAU